GAUGAAGUGAAGGACGGGGGAAAGCGUUAGGGGGAAAAAGAAACUAUGGGAGACUAUCGCAGGCAAAAGAACGACAAGGUAGUGUUUGGUUGAGGAACAUAACUUUGUCUGACUUGUAAAUAUUUAGUUUGAAGGAGCAGGAAAUACAAAAUUCGCUUUUAAGUCACCCGGAGUCGUCUCUGGAGUGUUUGGCCGUGCGCUUUUGAGAAGAUGAGUAAGAAAGAGCUGAGCGAGAGAGAGCGGGAACGGCUGCUCAUCCGCAGGGCCAGUGGAGCCAACGCCUCUCAGCUGGCUCAUAUGGAGAAGAUGCUACAAGAAACCAAAGGCCUGCUGGAGAAGAAGACCGAGACGGAGGCAGAAAGCAAAGCCUGUGGCGACACCAUGGUGUCCGACCUGGAGCAGAAGGUGCAGCGCAGCAGGCGAGAGCGCCGGAGCUCCCUUCACCGCACGCAGCUGCUGGAGAGUCAGAUGAAGACGGUCCGCGGGGAGCUCGUGGGCACGCUCGACCACCUGCAGGAGCUGCGCAACAUUUUACGACGCUCGCAGCAAAACGCGGAACAGCGAGAAGCGGCCAUGCAGAAGCUGGCCGCGGGGCUGAGGUGAGACGCCGCGGUCUUGCGCGUCGACGUUCAUCUGAAGCGCGCGCGGAAUCGUGAACGCGCGACCAAAUGCUGUCGCAGUAUCUGUGUUGAAGCACGCCGCAGUUAUUUGAGAGGCGUGUUUUUUUUUGUUUUUUUUUUGCUCUCCAAACAUAGAAACGGUUAUCUCUUUUUGGUUGAUGUAUCUGGUAGCAUCCUGUUUUUAUUUCCUGUUGUUAGCGUAAUGCAGCCUUAAAACAGUAUUUCCAGUUAGGCAAGUAUGUAGACAUCCAUUGAAUGCUUUGUUAACUUGUGAAAUAAAUUUCGCGCCCUGCCAUAUCUGACACAUUUUAUUGUGCAAAUGUAUGAGUGAUGGCUUCAGGCGUCUGUUUGUUGUUUAUAUGUCUUCACUGGAUUUGUUUUGUAAGACCACGGACUAUAAUAUCUGCGAGGGCCAACAUUUCACGACGAGGAUGCUUUAUUCCCUUGUAUUCGUAGUUUCAGCUGCUUUUGCCGUUUGAUUUAUUAAAAUGUUCAUUCCUGUAAACUUUUGCGUGAUUACGACAUUAGUUUACCACAUUAAUAUUAAUCAGCGUUCACGUAUGAAGAAUGUGUGUGUCUGGGCACUCUGUGAUUUUGUUCAUUAAAAUAUUGACAUGUCCUCCAGGUUGUACUUUAUGAAAAGAAAACAGUAGCAUUAUAUCCAUUUCAGUUGUGGAUUUCCUCCCCAUAUCCUAAAGAUCACUUUUUCAUGUUGCUUUCGGCAGCUUUAGUAUAAGAUUCACUUCUAAAUCUGCUUUUCAGAUCCUCCGCUUUGAUUGAAGUUCUCUCAUACUUUAUGUCUUUCUGCCACCCCUAGAGAGGUAUAACACCACUGAUCUGUCCUCGUCUCACCUCAUGCGGCGUCGUACCUCUAUUAAAUAUGUUUAAAGUCUGCUGUACUUAUGAAGAUGCCAGUCAUCGCUUCAGGCUUCGGUGGCAAUGAUGCAAAGGGUACAGAAGUUGCUUUGGCAUACAUCCACACCACAAGGUGUCAGUAUACAUGAAAAUGCACGGCCAUAUUUCUCAGGGCAACAUAAACAAAAAACGAGUCUGAGCCGUGAUGCCAAGGUUCGAUACGACUUUUAUCAUUUCCUAUGUACACUAAGAAAGAAACGUUUACCGAGC